AAGAGGGGAAAUUACUAAAGUCCACUCUUAUGAAAAGAGUGGACCAUCCACCUCCUCUAAAUAACUCUUUAAAGGUUAUUACAGUCUUUACUCAGGUGAGCAUCUCGAGGAUAUUUUUUAGAUCCAAUGGUGUUUGAUGAAGGUGGACAAAAGGGUGGAUGAAAAUAGGGUGGACCUAAGAAAGUCCCCAAAAGAGGAGGCUUAUUUUUGGGGUUUUCUUGUAACGUAAAGAUGCUCCCAACUCCCAAGCCAAAAAGUUGAGAGGUAAAGACAAUCUAUCAGCCUGAAGUUUCAUAGAAAAAAGUGUCGUGAAACAGUUGUCUUAAGCAACAAUCUAACAUAAGCAGCCAAGUUGUAACGUAUUUGUUUGUCCUAGCACGCAAGUAAAGCAUUUGUAAAAUAUUCAAAACUAAAAAUUUUCUACCCAAUGACAAAUAAAAUAUGGUUUCUUCUGCCACUGUCUCACCCCUCCCCUCAAUCCACAUCUACCUCAACCACCAACCCACAAACUUCCUCUGCCUCUCACGUCUCUAAAAGGACAGUUACUCCCUCUCAUUUAAGUUUUUGAUCAAAACCCAUAAACCAAAUCAAUCUCAAGGCCCCAUCAAUGGCAGGAUGGGCAUCAAAUAACCAGAAACUGAGUGCUGGAGUCAUGAAUGAGUAUGAUGUGGUUUGGAAGCCUAAGUUUUCUCAAAAGUUUGGUGUAGAGCUGAUGCAGAAUUGCGAUUUGCCUCCACCACAGAAGGUUUUUUCGGGGUCUGAUGAGACGGUCAUAUCAUCCAUGAAUAGGGUCUGUGGCAUGAUGGGAAGAGAAGACGAUGGUGAGUAUGAGAAGUUGGAGCUUUUGAAGGCCUUGAGACUGUCGCAGACGCGGGCAAGGGAGGCAGAGAGGAGAGCAGAGAGUUUGGCCAAGGAGAAGGAUUUCAUUGCUAAUGUCUUAAUAAAAGAAUCCUUGGAGCUAUUCGCUUGUCGGCAAUGGGUGAAGUUGCUUGAGGUUCAAGUUUUGAUGUUACAACCACAUCGACAACGACCGGAGAAGAUGGGUUGUCGCUGGGGAAGCGAAGAAGAGGGAGAUGAUGAUGGUGAGGGGAUUUCGUGGAUUGUGGCUUUGGCAAUUUGUUUGGGGAUUGCUGGAGUAGGAGUAGCAUUUGGUUGCAGAUAUUGGCUUUAGUACCUGCAGCUUAUCUUCUAGGUUGCAGAGCUAAACAAAUGGAGGCUGGAAGUUACUUGCUCUCCUCUGUAGUUCAUUUUCUUCACCAAGUCCUCUAUCCCAUUGUCCUCCAGAGGACGGAAUCGACCUCGUGCAACAUGUUUUUUCAUGAGUUUUUUCUGCCCACAAUCAUUCUGGUCUAAGAACCUGGCAGUGGAGAGCAGUAUAACAGGGGAAGGAAGAGAGAAAUAAGUGACAAAAUUUUCGACAAUAAUAUAUUUUAUGUUGAAAUUGGAAGUUUAAAAUUUUCAAUUUUUUUUAAUACAAUAUAGACUUGAAGAACAUCAUUUAUUGUUUGUGUAUUUGAUUAUUUCUAAUUAGAAUUCUUGGGUGUAGAAACAUCAAUCCAUAUACUUGGACUGAAAAUUGUCAUUUUGAUUAAUAUGACAGUGUUUCCAACCAGAACCUGGAUG